AUGGAACAUGACGAUGGAUUAUCGUAUACUAUUGUCGAUGGAUCUAUGGCGGAGGUUAUUAUACCAUAUAGAGACUUAGAGGAUGCGUAUGCUAAUGAAGGUCCCUCUGAUAUGGAGGAAGCUCUUCGAUUAGAUGUGGAAGAUAUUGAAAAGGAAUUAAAUAGUAGGGACAUGGUAGUUGCUGAUGGAAGUGAUAUAACAAAUGGAAAUAUAGUAGAUCAUGUAUUUGUGGAUGAACCAAGUGAGAAUGGUGAUGGGGGAGAAAAUUUGUUUGUUGAUGAUCCAACGGAACACUUUGACAAUCCUGUUGAGCAUAAUGAGGAACUAUGUAUUGGGAAGUAUUUUGCCAAUGCAAACGUUGCAUAUGAAUUUUAUAACAAUUAUGCUCGGAAUAUGGGAUUUAGUGUUCGGAAAUCUAAAGUGGAGAGGUCAAGGAAAAGGAAAGAAGGAAUGGACGUGGAUGGGGAUGUCUUGUCUCGCAUGUAUGUUUGUAGUAGGGAAGGUUUUAAGGAUUGCAAAGAUAAAAGACAAGAAGGGAAAGAUGUUACUCGUCGAGCUGAUAGUAGAGUUGGUUGUCCUGCUCGUUUGCGGGUAAAAUCAAUUGAAGGGGGCUUGGUUGUUGACCAAUUUAUUUCAGCCCACAACCAUAGCCUCGUGGAACCCGCUGAAAUUUAUCGGCUUCGCUCACAUCAAUGGCUCUCAGACUUGGUUGUACAGAUUGCAAACACUCUAGAUGAUUGUGGUAUUGGACCGGCAACUAUUUAUGAGGUUGUGAAAUCUAUGUCUGGUGGGGCCUCCAAGGUGGGUUUGCCAGAGUUGGCAUUUAAGAAUUUAAUGAAGAGACAAAAUCAGAAGUUUCUUGGGAUGGACUUAAAAAAGUUAAUAGAAUAUUUGCACCAUUCCAAACUGUGUGAUCCUCAAUUCUUUUGCAAAAUGGCUACAACAGAUGAUGGUACUAUACGGGGUAUCAUUUGGGUUGAUGGGGCGGUGAGGGCUGCAUAUCAUGUAUUUGGGGAUGUAGUGGUAUUUGAUACAACAUACAAGAAGAAUCGAUAUCACUUCCCGUUUGGUCCCUUUACCGGAGUAAAUCAUCAUGGUCAAAAUAUUUUGUUUGGAUGUGGGUUGGUAGCUGAUGAGACAAUUAAGUCGUUUAUUUGGUUAUUCUCUACGUGGUUGAAAGCAAUGGGGGAUCGACCACCAGUUGCAAUUAUUGCAGACCAAUGUCCAUCAUUGUUGAGGGCCAUUCCACAUGUGUUUCCUAGGGCAAAGCAUAGGUAUUGCUCUUGGCAUGUGCAAAAACAUUGCAUGGAACACUUGAGCCAUUUGUAUGGGACGAGUCAAUCAUUCAAACAGGAUUUUGGGAGGUGUAUAUACGGUAGUAAGACGGAGAUUGAAUUUGAGACACGUUGGCAAGAGUUAUUAGUAAAUUAUAAUCUCGUUGAACAUGCGUGGCUGAAGAAAAUGUACGAGCAACGGGUGCAUUGGGUACCACUAUAUCUAAGAGGUACUUUCUUUGCUGGCAUGUCAUCUACACAAAGAAGCGAGGGGAUGAACUAUUACUUUCGCGGUUACUUUAAGCAAUCAAUCCCAUUGUACAAGUUUGCACGACAAUACGAAAGGGCUGUAGAGAGACGCCGGGAGAGGGAAGCUAGUAGUAAUUUUGCUUGUAUAAACACAAACCCUCCAUUGUUAGUUGGCAGUCCUUUGGAGGUGCAUGCAUCUAAAGUGUACACAAGGAAGAUUUUUGAAAUCUUUAAGAAACAUUGGUCUCAAGAGACUAGGAUUGACAUCGUUAAUGGAAGUACAUGCUGUAAAUUGUUUGAGUUUAUGGGUUUGUUAUGCAAACACAUCUUGCGAGUCUUCCAUAAGACGGACCUCAAGGAGAUACCUUCCCAAUAUCUCCUAAAACGGUGGACCAUGGAUGCAAGGCAUUAUUUGUCGAGUCACAAAGAAGUAAGUGAUGGAGGUUUUGGAUCGAUAAUAAGUAUGUGGGCUUUCCAAGAUGCCGUUAGGCGUUUGAUAGCCACAAUCAGUGGUUCACAAGAGGCAUGUGAUUCUGCUACGGUUGCAUUGGGGAUUGUGAAUCAGAAAAUCUUACAAGCAAUGGGUGAAUCCAAUUCACAAACUUUUGGUGUUGACCCACAACCCUCUGUCAAUGCUACACAUGACCUAUAUCGUAAUCUCCAUAUUCCUAUGGAUGUGGUUACAAAGGGUCGGCCUAAUGAAAGUCGUAGUAAACAUCCAAUGGAGAUGACAAGUGGAAGGAAGAAUAGAUGUGGCAACUGUAAGGAGUUAGGGCAUAACAAGUCCACUUGUAAGAAGGUAGUAUCAGCAUCGGCAAAUGAUUUCAAUGGCCAGUGCAAUGAAGAAUAG